AUCGCACCCUAACUUCCAUUUCUUCUUCUUCUCUCUGAAUCGGAAUGCAGCAGAGAUCUUCGAGCUCAAGCUUGCGCUGUUCCGGCGACGAGCACCGAGCCAUCAACGUCGGUGCAGAGAUGCAGCAGCAGCAACACACAAAGCGUAGAAGGAACCUCGACGAAGAUUCGCUUCCAAUUUACCACCGGAGCCUCACCGGAAGGAGGGACACUUUCCGGUCACGCUCGCCGGCGACGGAGAAAGGCAUCCACGCGAUCCCUGCGCUUGUUCUGCUGUGCCUCUUUACUCUCUGGUGGUUCUCUUUUCCAGUGGAUGUGGAGAUUAAAGACGGUAGGAUUACGGCGAUACGACAGAUUCACACACCAGUGCCUCACAAUACUCGAAUUGAUCUUACCAUACUCGCAGUUGCUGCGUCAUCACCGAUUCCUGCAAAUAAUCCUCAAAACCUGUCAGGCGAGGACGGAACUUACUUGCAACCUGUGAGUUCGCCUAAUUGAAGAAACUUCUUUUUCCGUAAGAAUAAAGUGGAAGAGCCUGAAGGAUUGAAGAUUAUUAUUAUUUUUUUUUGUCAAUACUCGUUAGAUGAUAUAGGAUAGAAACAUAAUCUGAAUCUGUGCUAAUUCGUUGAUAGUAUAUGGCCAUUUAUUAGUCUCCUUCGUUACAUUGGGGAAGAAUAUAAUAAUCAACUUUGAAAUGUU